UGCGGAUUACAACCCCCUCUCCCUCUCUCUCUCUCUCUCUCCCCUAAUGGCUUCUUCACCAGAAUCACCACUCGACAAGGUUCCCCAACUCCUCUGAAAAAAAAGAGAACACCCCUCUCCAUGGCCGCCGCAGUAGCUCUGCACCACCUCACCCGAAUCUCCCGCCACCUCACUCUCUCACUACAAUUCUUCCCUCCCUCCACUCCUACGAUUCUCCAACUUCUUCCCAAGCCUUAUCAUGUAAGGAGCUUCAGAUUCUUCACUUCGACCCCACCUCGCCGUUUCUCCGUCGCGGCUUCAAGCUCUCAAGACUGGAACAAUCAUGCUGAAGCAGCUGAUGAAAAAUAUGAUGUCAUUGUGGUCGGAGGAGGACAUGCAGGCUGUGAAGCUGCCCUUGCAUCUGCUCGUCUAGGGGCCAAAACACUUCUUCUCACUCUAAACAUUGACCGCAUUGCAUGGCAGCCUUGCAAUCCAGCAGUUGGUGGACCUGCAAAGUCACAGCUGGUUCAUGAGGUGGAUGCAUUAGGUGGUGAAAUUGGAAAGGUUGCCGAUAGGUGUUAUUUGCAAAAGCGUGUUCUCAAUAGCUCAAAAGGCCCUGCUGUGAGGGCAUUACGUGCUCAAACUGAUAAGAGGGAAUAUGCUAUGCAUAUGAGAGGAGUUGUGGAGAGCACUCCAAACCUUUGUAUUAGAGAGGCAAUGGUGACUGAUAUUUUGUUGGGCAAGAAUGAUAAUGUGGAGGGUGUUCGGACAUUUUUUGGGAUGAACUUCUAUGCCUCUUCAGUUAUUCUUACAACUGGCACUUUCAUGAGUGGGAAAAUAUGGGUUGGUAGAACUUCUAUGCCUGCAGGAAGAGCUGGUGAGUCAGCUUCACAGGGUCUGACAGAAAACUUACAGCGGCUUGGAUUUGAAACUGAUCGAUUAAAAACUGGCACACCUGCACGCGUGGAUUCUCGUACAGUAGAUUUCUCUGGAUUGGAGCCGCAACAUGGAGAUGAUGAGGUUAGCUGGUUUAGUUUUGAUCCUGAUUACCAUAUAGAAAGGGAGCAAAUGUGCUGCUAUCUUACACGUACUACAAAGAGAACUCACCAACUGAUUAAAGAGAACUUGCACGAAACUCCUACUUAUGGAGGAUGGGUUGAAGCUAAGGGACCCAGAUACUGCCCGUCCAUUGAAGACAAGAUUGUUAGAUUUCAAGAUAAAGAGUCUCAUCAAAUUUUUCUUGAACCUGAAGGUCGGACUGUGCCAGAGCUCUAUGUGCAGGGAUUCUCAACUGGUUUACCUGAGAGACUACAGUUACCACUCUUGCGAACAUUACCUGGACUUGAAAACUGUUCAAUGCUGCGGCCUGCUUAUGCUGUGGAGUAUGAUUUCUUGCCUGCUCAUCAGUGCUCUAGGUCACUUAUGACGAAGAAAAUUGAAGGACUUUUCUUCUCUGGUCAAAUAAAUGGGACAACAGGCUACGAAGAAGCUUCAGCGCAGGGAAUUCUAUCUGGAAUUAAUGCUGCAAGGCACUCAGAUGGUAAACCCCUUGUUGUUCUUGAGAGGGAAAGCAGUUAUAUAGGGACUUUGAUUGAUGAUCUGGUCACCAAAGACUUGCGAGAGCCUUAUCGCAUGUUAACAAGCCGCUCAGAACACCGUUUGCUGCUCCGGUCUGAUAAUGCGGACAGCCGUCUGACUCCUCUGGGCCGUGACAUUGGUUUGAUAGAUGAUAGGCGCUGGAAAAUAUAUCAGGAUAAGCAAGCUCGAAUUUCAGAGGAAAAGAAACGAUUAAAAACCGUCAGGAUUUCAGGUGGAAAUUUGGCUGCCGAUGUUACCCUUUUGUCUGGUCAGCCAGUGAAGGACUCCUCAACCCUGGAAAGUCUUCUUAAGAAACCUCACAUACAUUAUAAAGUUCUUGAUAAGCAUGGCUUUGGAAACGAUCUUCUAUCUAGAAUUGACAAAGAAUGUGUGGAGGUUGAUAUCAAGUAUGAGGGCUUUAUCUUGCGCCAGCAGAGCCAACUACAGCAGAUGGUUCACCAGCAACAUAGACCUCUUCCUGAGGAUUUGGAUUACUAUUCAAUGACAAAUCUUUGCCUUGAAGCACGUGAAAAACUAUCCAAGGUGAGGCCUCAAACCAUUGGUCAAGCAAGCAGAGUCGGUGGGGUUAGCCCAGCUGACAUUACUGCUCUCCUUAUCGUCCUGGAAACCAACCGAAGGAAAGCCCAACAAGAAAGGAGGCAACAAAUGCUGGCUUCUGUCUCGGAGGAUACCAAACAACAGGUGUCUGAACUUCCUCUUGCACCGCAAGCAUUAUCACAAACAGGUUCAUAGGACCAUUUGAGACUUCAACUCUCCUGAAUGUUGAGAGCCCAGUCUCCUCCAGAUGAAGCCAACUUCGUUAUACAAGGGGUUGUAUCAUUUCCUCUUCAACCCAGAAAAACAGCGGAGACUCUAUGUACAGUGACGAAAGUAGAUGCUGGAAGAGAGUUGAGACAAUUUUUAUCGGCUGACCUGGAUUGUACCUCAUGUUUUCAAUAGGAUCAGAUCCCUUUGUCCUUGUCUCUCUCGUCCCAGAUAUCCUCUCCGUCAUCCGAUCAACUGAUCUAGGACUGAUUAAACCGUGAGGAAGCAGCUUGGGAUGGGAGAUUGAGGAUCUUGUGACAUUUUGGACAAGUCCUUUUGUAAUAGUAGUGGUGUUUUUUCUGUGUCUUAAAUUUUUUUUCAUUGUUGAUUUUGAUGAAACCUUAAAGGUCGAUUGAGCAUUUAUCUAAUAGAGUUAUUGAUUUUUCUGCCCUA